UCAGUCAGUCGACACCGACAUGGCGGUGUGAAACCUAGUGCACGCAGCCGCUCCUUGGACGUAAAUCAGGAAAUUACGGGAAACAGCGCUAUGGCAACAGCCCACAGGAUCCGAGACAAGCAUCUGACGUGCAGCAUUUGCUUCGAACUGUAUACGCGCCCAAAGACGUUGCCGUGCAUGCACUCUUUCUGUGAACACUGCUUGGAGAACCACAUUCUGGCAAAGCGAGAUGACAAGGGGUUCGGAUGCCCCAUGUGCAACACCCACACCCUCAUGCCCGACCCUGCUGCCCCUCCCGACAAAUGGGCGUCCCAGUUCAAGACAGAUUUCAAGCUGGUUGGCAUGCUCGAGGAGAUAUUUCAAAUUGAGCAAGAGAGGAGCGUGGUGAAGGAUGCCAAAAAGCUGAACCAAUUGUUGGACGACCUACGGUCCAGCGAAAACACCCUUCUGGACAAGAUCGAGAUCGACAAGCUAGCCCUGUCAAAGAUCAGUGUGGACCAGGAUGAGAUCUCGCAGCAAAUCUCGGACGUCUUCUCCACCAUCAAGAUGAAGAUUCAGAGGAAGGAAGAAGCACUAAAACAACGCCUCAAUCAGCUCUGUGUUCAAAGAAAAGACAUUGUGUCGCGCAGCUGGCUUAGCAAACAGAAGUUGAUUGAUCAGAUAAACUCCCAAAUAGAGGUCGGCGAGAAGCUGACCUCUAUGGCGGUCAAGGACACUUCUGAAGGUGAGGUGGAGAAGUUCCACGAAACGCAAGCCCAGUUUAAGAAAGCAGUGGAUAAUGCCACCAGUGUCAGUCUUCCUAAUGUGGAACUCAAUCUGAAACAGGAAGAUAUAACCAGAUUUGAUUCGUUAGUAUUUUGUGAUAUACGGCAACUGAAGGCUGAAUCUGACAAGUCUGUUUCAAAUACGGACAAAGAAAUUACCGGUGUUGUUCCAGAAAAGUCAAAGUCCGGUGAGGCUAAAGCCGUCAAAGAAGUGAAAUCGGUUAAAACGUUUAAAGCACCUCAGCCACCUCAAAAAGUGCCAGCCCAGAUUAUCCUACCCCAAACAUCUACAUCCGGGGAACCGGCACGUCCGCCAUUGGUCGCCAUUUUGACACCGACGAAGGACGACUGUGACAAGGAGCCAGAAUACCAGGAUGUUGUAGUUCUUCGGGAAUCGAAGAUUCAAAUUGUUGUAGUUAGUGACUACAACAAUAAAAGGGUUGUAGCUAUAUACGUUCAGCAAGGAAGUAAGACUCAGAAAUCGAUCAAAUUAGACGGGAACCCCACACGGUUGUGUACACUGGAUUCAACAAAAGUCGGCGUCAGCUGCAGCGAUCCGUACCAGGUGAUCGUAGUAACUGUUCACCCAGAACUGAAGCAGGUCGCGACAAUCAACACAACCAUCAACAACCUCGGGAUCGCUGCCCUCAACCCAAACACUCUCGCAAUAUCCAACAAAAAUAAAAUCAGUGUUGUCACAACCACUGGGUCCAUCCUGAAGGAAUUCAAGACCAAGGUGGACAGUUCUUUCUACUCCAUGAGCUGGUACAUGGCGACGACGCCGACGGGGAGCAUCAUCGUGUCAGACAGCUACGCGGAGGUGAUCUCCUGCGUCACCCCAACGGGGCAGACGUUGUGGCAGUGGAAGACGCCGGCGGGAACACCACCGUCGGGGGUAGCUUGUGACAAGCAGGGCAGGAUCUACGUGGUUCUGUCGAGUAUCAGAGAGGUCCAUAGACUGAGCCAGACGGGACAGUAUCUUGGGGUUGUCCUCAAUAAGGACGAUGAUUUGGUGCUUCCAUCGGCUAUGGACAUUGAUCAGUUCGGUCAGUGGUACAUGCUAAAGAAAUCCCGCCAAAUCCAAAUCUUCAAACCACUUGCAAACUGAUGCGUUUGGACUAUGGCGUCAACGGAGUAAGGGUAAUGGUAAGGCCCGGCAAGUGCCAAGCUACUUGCCCAAUGGUGCCAAUGGUCUCUGCCCAAAGAAAUCAUAGCUCAACGAUGUCUGCAAGCUCUCAUUAAAAUUUCCGUGCUACAGCUGCAGUUCUAUGCUCGCGUUGUGUAACACACACGUGUUACGCCCUUAUACCCCCGUCACACUUGAGUCGGAAUGAACCGGAAUGCUGUCGGAAUGAAAAAUUCUGGAGAUUCCUGGAAAUUGGAACUGAAGUCUAAAACUUCAUACUGCAUUCCGAAUGCAUUCCAACUAUUCGGGUCAAUUCUUGUAACAUGCCCGAAUAGUUUGAACAUGUUCAAAACUUUCGAGGUACAUUCGAAGUGG